GUAAUCAGCCGUGACGUCACACAGUUGCAUUUCAACACGUGGUAUCAAGCUACAACCACACAUCGUGUACCUUCCAAAUCACCAGAUUAAUAUGUGCCAUCACGUGACUGUCAAUGCUUUACCUACAGCUUGAGGUUGCGUCACUUUAAAAAAAUAAAUCUUUUCUCUUUUUAUGCGACUGUCAACAGUGACUCGUUUUUUUAAAUUUCCAGCGUUUUCAAGAUGCUUUUUAAGUUGUUUUUAACGAAAUGAUGAUAUCGCAAUAUAUUUUUAACGAAUACAAUAAUUUUUAUACUAAUGCGUAUUUUCCCAUAAUUCACGACGUCAAAAUACAAAUUAAACGAUAUGCAUUAUUGGAACCAAUAAGGCAAAAACUAAUCUCCAGUCAUUCUUCUCUUAAGGCAACGUGAGAUUUUUCAAGAACAUUAAAUGUACAAGAAACAAUUGGUCUUAAACUCAAACGGCGGCUGUGAUCUCGUUUACAGCGAGAGAGCCACGAGACUUAUUCCCCCGCUAACUUCCGUCAUUGGUCCACGUUCUCAUUACCUAUACAGCGAUGGUAUUUGGAACAGUAGGCGCGAUGACGAGAAAAAUACAACACGUGACUCGCUCCCAACGAGAUCUCGACGAUUUUGUCAAUGGUUUUUAAAUAUUUGAAUGAUUUUUUAAAUAAGUUAAAGUAUAAUAAAUAAUACCAACAUGUAAUCCUAUACAUAGGUAAUUUUUAAAUAGUUUUGUACGUUUAUGUUUUAUACUUCAAUCUCGUGAUUUAUUUUAAAUCGGAAAUAAACGUUGUCUAUUUUGUUA